AUGAGACGAGGUGCUGCGGCUUCUUCGCACAACACGUCGUCGUCGAAUUCACCUCGCGCCGCCUCCACUUCCGCCGCUACCGCCCCCGCAAUCAUCCACCCGUCGGGACAAACGAUUUUGGAGAACAACACCAACUUGAAUAACAACAACAAUGCGUUUGAAAAUAAUAUUCGACCGGCGACUCCGGUGGCAUCUUCUUCUUCUUCCAGUCAAUAUCAAACAAAGAUGAUGAAUACUUCGGGAGGUGGAAACAUUGGUUCAAACAGGGUAUUUCGACAAUCGACGGCUUCGAGCACCUCUCAUUCGUCGUCCUCUAAUAGUAGCACGUUACAUCUCUCGGAGCAGCAAAUUUCAGUCAAGUUUGGCUCCGUUGCCUGUUUGCUCUCGUUUUGUUUGAUUUUGUUCGGAAGCGGUUUAGUCAGAGAAUCAAAACUGAAACGACACGAGAUACCGGGAGAUUUGCACACGAGAGUGUUCGUCGAAAAGUUGAACAAGUGGAAUAACGUAUACAGAGAUGAAUUCGAACGCGUGGAGUGGAUGUUGAUCGACAACAACUUCAACGACGCGCAGCCAUCGCCGAAUAUCGAAACGUUGAGGAGCACAACGGAGGCGACUAAUUAUCAAGCGCCCAAGUUAGCUGCACCGCAAACUUACAAAGCUUUGAAAUUUCAGAGUUCAAAUCUGAUGGAAAUGUACGUUUUACCGAAAAUUUAUCCGAAAUACGCCGAGUACAUGCCGUCGAUUGACACGUUGCGAGAGGCAGUUCAAAAAGGAAACCCGAUACCGGCGACGACGACAACGUUGUUGAACAAAACUAGCGAUAAGACUAAUUUAAACGACGCCAUGAACAACACGGCACUCGUCUCUCGAAUGCUCGAGACGCCGCUUUCGCUUUCGCUCGUAGGAAAAGACACGGCUUCAAACCAAAUCGUCGCCUCGAUCGAUUUAGGCGAGCAAAUACUGUUUCAAAAAACGAUACUUUCCCACGUGAACAAUAAGAUUUGUAAAUAUCAAAUGGGUGGCUAUCAUACUAACACACAAAAUUGCGAGACAUAUUCAGCGCUCUUGCGCGCGUGUUUCAAAGUCAGAAAGAGUGGCGUAGAAGAAAAUGCGCAUUGGGUUUUGGAUGAUACGUUCGGUAAUUUUGGGUGCGAACCGGGGAGCCUAACGAGAGUACGAGGUAUUUCUUCGGGUAGUAGUAGCGAUAGCAGCAGCAGCAGUAGUAGUAGUAGUAGCAGCAGCAAUAGCAAAAGCGGCGAUAGUAAUACUGGGAUCACAAACACCGCAGUGAAUGGAAACAGUGAUAAUGGAUCACUUUUGUGGAAACCAUCGAUACGGAAACGUAUCGAUGCGCCUCAAAUCAAAGCCACCCUUCCGGAUGCGAACAAAAUUCGCGUCGCUUUCGCCGAGCAAACGGUGACUAUUCAACACGCGUUCGAUCCCGAACUCUGGCUCAAAAACCAAACGAUUUUCAAGAGGAAUUACGAAAGACACCGCGCAAAAGUGUCAAUAGAAGGAAUCGUGCUCAUUGUCGUCGGAAGUGCGCUCGGUAUUCCCGGCGUUGGUUUGCUCUUGUUGGGAUUCAUCAAACGCAAACGCACGGUUCGAUCCAGACGAGGAUACGUUCAGUUACAGUUCCCAGGUCCUGAUUACGUGUAA